GGUGGGCGGGGACGCCCGGGUCCCGUUAUGCAGCGGGAAGAGGCGGGGCAGACCCGGACUGUCUGCGGAAGGUGGGCUCUAGGGCCGCGCGGACGCCCGGGGAAGGAACAUCGCCUCGGGCGGGGCUGCCCCUGAGUCACCCGGGCCCCGCCCGACCCUCCUGCGGCCGGACCCGAGCAGAGCAGAGCUAGGAGGGCAGGAGGCCAGGCCGGAGCUGGGGAAACUGAGGCCGAGGCCGAGAACAGGGUCCCGGAGACAUGUUCCUGGUUAAUUCAUUCCUGGGCGGGAAGGGUGGCGGCGGCGGCGGGGGUGCCGGCAAAGCUCUCGGGGGGCUGCUCAGCGGAGGCGGCGGUGCUGGAGGCAUCGGCAAUGUCAUCGGGGGGCUGCUCAGCGGAGGCGGCGGCGGAGGCGGUGGCGGAGGGCCUGGGGGCGCCAUGGGCUUCCUAGGAGGCGUCAUCAGCGCCAUCAGUGAAGCUGCAGCCAAUUAUAACCCAGAGCCCCCGCCCCCUCGAUCCCACUUCUCCAACAUCGAGGCCAACGAGAGUGAGGAAGUCCGGCAGUUCAGGAGGCUGUUUGCCCAGCUGGCAGGAGAUGACAUGGAAGUCAGUGCCUCAGAACUCAUGAACAUCUUGAACAAGGUGGUGACUCGACACCCUGACCUGAAGACCGACGGUUUUGGCAUCGACACCUGUCGGAGCAUGGUAGCCGUCAUGGAUAGUGAUACCACUGGCAAACUUGGCUUUGAGGAGUUUAAGUAUCUUUGGAACAACAUAAAGAAAUGGCAGGCUGUCUACAAACAGUAUGAUCUAGACCGCUCGGGGACCAUUGGCAAUAAUGAGCUUCCUGGAGCCUUUUCGGCCGCAGGCUUCCAGCUCAGCCCAGAGCUGUACCAGAUGGUCAUUCGGCGAUAUUCGGACGAGGAUGGGCACAUGGAUUUUGACAACUUCAUCAGCUGUCUUGUGCGCAUGGACGCCAUGUUCCGUGCCUUCAAGACUCUGGACAAGGAUGGCAGUGGUCAGAUCCGAGUGAACAUUGAAGAGUGGCUGCAGCUGACUAUGUACUCCUGAAGCCCAUGCGUAUGUCCACCUGACUGGUCAUCAGCCCCCUACCACCACCCAGGACAGAGAUUACCAGGACGCUGCCCUCCCCCUCCCCCUCUCCUGCAUUUCUGUCGUUCCCCGAUGUGGGAAUCCUCUGGCGCAGGCACCACCAGACACUGAUGCUGUGUUGUCCCUGAGGUGCCCCUCCUACCCCCGACUGUACCCAUCAAGAAGUCCCCAUUACCCACUCAUCCUCAACCCCUCUUCCAGCUCCAGAACGUGCCAACCAACCACAUGUUUCUGCCCCCAGCACCCCUGUAAACAUGUCACAUGCUCUAACAUGCCAGCCACAUGCUUCCCAGCCUCCUUAGAAAUAUGCUCUAAUGUGCUGUCCCCCUGUAGACAUGCUGUAACAUGCCUGCCACUGCCCCUGCAAAUAUACUUUACAUGCUUUAACAUGUCAGCCAGGUGCCAUCAUACUCUGCCCCCAUGGGGUUCAUCUGGUAUCUAGUGCCUUGUCCAACUACUCAUGUGCUUCAGGCCCUAUCCCCUCCUCUCUGGGUGGGCCUGGGAGCACGGGCAGGGCUUCAGGGCUGCCCCAAAGCCCAAAAUAAACAGUGGUCACAAGA